GACAGUUUAUACCUCAUCGCAAAAUAAUAAUAGCACACACCACAGAAAACCAGACUAGACAGCCGGCCGUAUCGUGCACGUUGUGGAUAUGGUGGUGCUAGCCAACAUGUGAUGUCGCAGACGAGUUGCCGUUUUUGCCCGAGAAUUCCCUCAUUUGCCACGACUUCCACGUAGUUUUGAUGGCUUUCCACGUGCGUCCCGGACACCAGAGGUGAUCGAGAUUGUUGGGGUGAUAUUUGCCGUCUUCUUCCAGCGUUUUCCGGACGCGGACGAAGGAACAACACUGGGGAUUUGGGGGGAGUGUUGUCGGUGCAGGAUGCCAUUUGGGUUCAAGAAGCGGAAACCGACCAGUGACAUGACGCAAGAAAACCAUUCUCCGAGUCACCAGAAUGACGAGAUGGAUACCAGUGAAGCCAGCAUCGACACAUCAACAUCACCAACUGAAGCUGGUCAGAAGCUUUCCUACACACAGCCAGCGUUCUGGUGCUCCAUAGCCUACUACGAGAAGAACCUCCGCGUUGGGGAGAUGUUCCACGCCUCCCAACCCUCGCUGACCAUUGACGGGUUCACGGACCCUUCUAGCUCGGAGAGGUUCUGUCUCGGUCUCCUGUCAAACAUCAAACGGGACCACUCCAUUGAAAUGACGCGGAGACACAUAGGCAAAGGAGUGCGGCUGUACUACAUAGGAGGCGAGGUUUUCGCAGAGUGCCUGAGCGACAGCAGUAUCUUUGUACAGAGUCCGAUCUGCAACGUCCGCUACGGCUGGCAUCCUGCUACCGUUUGUAAAAUCCCACCUGGCUGCAACCUGAAGAUUUUCGACAACAGAGAAUUUGCGGCCCAGCUCUCUCAGUCCGUCAGCCAGGGCUUUGAGGCGGUCUACCAGCUAACCCACGUCUGCACCAUCCGCAUGAGCUUCGUUAAAGGCUGGGGGGUGGACUACCGGCGGCAGACGGUUACCAGCACCCCGUGUUGGAUCGAGGUGCAUCUCAACGGUCCCCUGCAGUGGCUAGACAGGGUCUUGCGGCAAAUGUCCUCGCCCAAUGAAAAGUGUUCCAGUAGCUCCUGAAAACAACGGUACUGCCGUUGGUAAGAGACUAUCACGUGUUUGAGUACUUUGCAGGUAUAGUGCUAAAAGUCUCGGUCGAGUCAGAUGGCAUGACUUAGUGCUGACAAGUGGAAUAAAUCCAUUGUCAUUGGCACUCAGUACCCGUUUCAGAUUAGCAUUCCAGAGUCUAAUUGUUCCAAAGAUUGGAAUCACAGACAUGACAAGUUUGACCGCUGCACUCACUUGGAGCGACUCCAAAAUCUACUUAACCAGGCAUGCAACUUUUCCUUGGAUCCACUGAUUUCCUCGUUUUUUACUUCUCAUGAAUGCCAGUUUUGUGUGGUUUGGAAUUUCCUGGGUUUUUUUCUUCAAAAUUCCCUGUUGCAAAGUUCAUCUGGCUGCAAUCACAAUCUAUUUGGUCGGCCGUUUACUUUUGGCUCGGCGCGACUGUGGAAUGCCAGUCUGUUGAAACUUUUUCCGUGUCUCAUGUAAAUGGUUUGAAAGGGGAGUCAUGAUGACAUGUCUCACUGGACCAGAGUCUCGCACUCUCGAUGAGGAAUUUUUUAAGUCAGCGGGUUAUCCAAAGAAAACCCACUCAUUUUUAUUUUCAUUAUAAAAAAAACCAGAAGAAAUGAUUGUGUCUACUGAGUUUUUUUUCUUCUUGACAUUAACUCUACCACGACUCCAAAAAUCCUCCAAUUUUCAUACGAUUUAUCACCCACCCAAGGGGGUUAGGAUUCAAUUAUUUCAUAGAUUUUGAAUUCACUUUGAAACAGUUAGGAGGGACUUUCCGCACAUGAUGUCGAAAGAUGGAAAGUUGUAGUAAAAUUGAAAUUAAUGCAUUAAAAUCUUCUGUCUGAAACAAAGUA